AUGAUUCGCACAAUAUUUUUCUUCCUUUUAAGCACAGCGAUAGUUCUUGGUGAGCACACUUCUUUCAAACAAUGUCUGCUCAGCCAACAAAUAAUUCCUGGUCCGAGCCAAAUAGUUCGAACCGAUAGCAACGGUAAAACAUGCAAAGGAACUAUCAAACUUCCAGUCUGCACAGGCUUCUGUAAAACUUCCGAAAGUGGAACUCAUACCUUCCCUCACAGAGUUGAAAAUAGUUCAGCUUGCGUACUUGUUCAAACAGGAGUAAAGGAAAUCCCACUCAGUGAUUGCGACGAAGGCGCCGAUAACUCAAUCCGCAUGAUAAAAAUACCUGAUGGUACACAGUGUGCUUGUAAAAAAUUUCCGCUGGAUUAG